CGUGCUUUUACUGGAUUGACUGCCAGCUUCCAUACGAGGUUCAGGACAGACAGAUUCUCCUGUUUGCUGCCUUAUAGACUGAACAAGGACCACCAGCUGCAUCUCUUUACACCAGCUCUGAAAUUAACUGAGAAUGAAGGUUCCCAUCAUAACAUUUUGCUUGAUUGGAAUGGUUUUUUCCAACCCUAUUUCAUAUAAUGUUGUUUCAGUAUCAAGUGAAGUUGAAUCAAACUCGACUGAAAGUGUGUCUGUUUCACAAUCUGCUGAAAAUGACACCUCGGAGCUUCAGAGCCCAGAGGAUAAUGUCUCAAAUCAAAGUUCACAGUCAGAAUCCUCAGAAUCCACAGAGGACACAUCGGAGGACACAUCGGAGGACACAACAGAGGACACGACUUCAGAAGAGAGUGACAGUCAAUCUGAUGAGAAUGAUGGGAUAGACGCCAUGGCUGAAACCAAAGACGACAGCAUGAGCAGUGAAGAGAAUGUCCGAAAGAGUUGGGUACGAGUGUUUCCAAAUACAGCGAAAGCCCUGAGCGCAGAGGACAGUAAUGAGCUGCCCAACACAAACCUGCUGGUGAACCCCACAGACAGCAGCGACAGCGCCGGUGACAGCACAGAAACCACAGCUGCCACUAGUGACAGCAAUGCCAGCUCCAGCAGCGAGAGCAACGAGACCAAAGAGAGCAGUGACAGCAGUGAUGCCAGCAUGAGUACAGAGGACAGCAAUGCCAGUGACAGCACCGAGCUGCAACGGGUGAAAGCCAGAGACUGUGUGAAUGGUACUCAGAGCUGCGAAAGUGAGGAGAAUAUCUUCCAGAGUAUAGGAGAUGAUGCUCAUUUCUCAGUGGACAAUCUGAUGGUGCCAGAUGAGGAUGAGAGGGAGUUAAUGCUACGGUGAUGACGUGCUCUUAUGGCAGCCUCUUGUUUUCCUCUAUGAACUAAAACACU